AUGUCGGCGACAUCCGCGCCUCCAGCCCCGGCUGAGACCGCCGCCACAGAAAAUGAUUUUCUAGCCGCCGAUCCGGGUCAGAAGCCGCCCGGUCCGACGCCCAGCCAGAGCCGCUUCCAGGUGGACAUUGUCACAGAGGCGGCGGGCGCCUCCGAAGACAAGUCCCCCAACUCCGACGCCUCCUCCGGGGUCCCAUCCAGCGAUAAGGCCCCUCAGGAGAGUUCGGGUGCGGAUCCUGGGGCCAGUGGCGAGGAAUCCAAAGGACGGUUUCGGGUGGUGAAUUUCGCGGAUCCCAGUGCCGCGGGAUGCGAGGCCUCCCCGGAUGCGGCGCCGGCUGACGGGCUGCAGAACGGGGACACAGUCAUGAGCGAGACGAGUUUGCAUUCAUCCACGGGGGGCCAGCAUCACUAUCACUACGAUACCCACACCAACACCUAUUACCUGAGGACUUUUGGUCACAACACCAUCGACGCCGUGCCGAACAUCGAUUUCUACCGACAGACAGCAGCACCUCUGGGGGACAAACUCAUCCGACCCACCCUGUCAGAGCUGCACGACGAGCUGGACAAGGAACCAUUUGAAGAUGGGUUUGCCAAUGGUGAUGAGCUUACCCCGGCUGAGGAAGCUGCCGCAAAAGAAGCAGCCGACUCUAAAGGAGUGACCAAAUUUGGCUGGAUUAAGGGAGUGCUGGUCCGCUGCAUGUUGAACAUUUGGGGUGUGAUGCUCUUCAUCCGCAUGUCAUGGAUCGUUGGUCAGGCUGGAAUUGGUCUCGCCUGUUUAAUUGUUGCCAUGGCUACUGCAGUGACGACCAUCACUGGUCUCUCCACUUCUGCCAUUGCCACAAAUGGAUUUGUACGAGGAGGUGGAGCAUAUUACCUGAUUUCAAGGAGUCUGGGUCCAGAGUUUGGAGGCUCUAUUGGUCUGAUAUUUGCCUUCGCUAAUGCAGUGGCUGUGGCCAUGUAUGUGGUGGGCUUUGCUGAAACUGUUGUUGAACUUCUUCAAGGUGCAGAUGCCCUCAUGAUGGAUGAAAUAAAUGAUGUCCGAAUCAUCGGCACCAUUACAGUAAUUCUUCUCCUGGGCAUCUCUGUAGCAGGAAUGGAAUGGGAGGCCAAGGCCCAGAUCUUCUUGCUAUUUGUCCUCAUUACGGCCAUCAUCAACUACUUCAUUGGAACCUUCAUACCAGUCAAAGCAAAGGAAUCUGUUGGCUUCUUUGGCUAUGACAGUGCAAUCAUGUGGGAGAAUAUGGGUCCCAACUUCAGAGAUGAAACCUUCUUCUCCGUAUUUUCAAUCUUCUUCCCUGCAGCCACUGGUAUUUUGGCUGGAGCAAACAUUUCAGGAGACCUUGCUGACCCACAACUAGCCAUCCCUAGAGGAACCCUUCUGGCCAUAUUAAUCACAGGAAUAGUCUACCUGGGUGUUGCUGUUUCAACAGGCUCCUGUAUUGUGAGGGAAGCCACUGGAAAUGUGAAUGACACUCUCAGUUCCGAGUUUAUGUUGAACUGCACUGAUGCCGCCUGCAAAUUCGGCUAUGACUUCUCCUCCUGUCAGACCGAUAAAUAUAGUUGCCACCAUGGACUCCUGAAUGACUUCCAGGUGAUGAGUAUGGUUUCUGGUUUUGGACCCAUCAUUAGUGCCGGUAUCUUCUCUGCCACUCUGUCCUCAGCUCUGGCUUCUUUAGUCAGUGCACCUAAAGUUUUUCAGGCUUUGUGUAAGGACAAUAUCUACCCCGGCCUGGCCAUGUUUGCUAAAGGCUAUGGCAAGAAUAAUGAGCCUCUCCGAGGCUACAUCCUGACCUUCUUUAUAGCACUGGCCUUCAUCCUCAUUGCUCAGUUGAAUGUAAUUGCCCCCAUCAUCUCCAACUUCUUCUUGGCGUCCUAUGCCUUGAUCAACUUCUCUGUGUUCCAUGCCUCACUGGCUAACUCACCAGGUUGGCGUCCCAGCUUCAAAUACUACAACAUGUGGGUUUCUCUUGCUGGUGCCGUGCUCUGCUGUGUGGUGAUGUUUGUCAUCAACUGGUGGGCAGCCCUCCUCACUAACGUCAUUGUUCUGGGUCUCUAUAUUUAUGUCAGCUACAAGAAGCCUGAUGUGAACUGGGGCUCUUCAACCCAGGCUCUGACCUACCACCAGUCUCUGACCCAUACUUUGCACCUCAGUGGAGUGGAGGACCACAUCAAGAACUUCAGACCCCAAUGUUUGGUGAUGACUGGUUACCCCAACUCUCGACCAGCUCUCCUGGACCUGGUUCACAGUUUCACCAAGAAUGUAGGCCUAAUGAUCUGUGGUCAUAUUCGCACGGGUUCCAGAAGACCAAACUUCAAAGAUCUGUCCACAGAGCAGUCCCGGUACCAGCGCUGGUUGCUGAAGAAUGAGACCAAAGCCUUCUACACACCAGUAUUCGCUGAGGACAUGAGGCAGGGCACACAGUACCUGCUCCAGGCUGCUGGCCUGGGCCGCCUCAAGCCGAACACCCUGGUGCUUGGCUUCAAAAAUGACUGGAGGGACGGUGACAUGAUGAACGUGGAGACCUACAUUAGUUUGAUCCACGAUGCCUUUGACUUCCAGUUUGGUGCUGUUAUUCUGCGACUGAAAGAAGGUCUGGAUGUUUCCCAUAUCCAAGGACAAGAUGACUUGUUGUCCUCCCAAGAGAAGUCUUCAGUGAUGAAAGAUGUCAUUGUGUCCAUAGACACAAGCAAAGACUCUGACGCUGAUUCAUCGAAGCAGUCCUCCAAGGCCACCAGCCUCCAGAACAGUCCAGCUAUACAGAAAGAUGACGAGGAUGAUGGCAAAGCUACAACCCAGCCCUUGUUGAAAAAAGGCAGGAAAUCCACUUUAUUGGACAAGAGGAGUCCAACAGUGCCGCUGAAUGUGUCUGACCAGAGGCUGCUGGAGGCCAGCCAGCAGUUUCAGAAGAAACAAGGGAAGGGAACAGUUGACGUCUGGUGGCUGUUUGAUGACGGAGGUCUGACCCUGCUCAUCCCCUACCUGCUCACUAACAAGAAAAGGUGGAAGGACUGCAAGAUCCGCGUCUUCAUUGGAGGCAAGAUCAACAGAAUCGAUCAUGACCGCCGAGCGAUGGCCACUCUGCUGAGCAAGUUCAGGAUAGACUUCUCGGAUAUCACUGUGCUGGGAGACGUAAACACCAAGCCCAAGAAGGAGCACGUGUCGGCCUUUGAGGAAAUGAUCGAGCCAUAUCGCCUGAAGGAAGACGACAUGGAGCAGGAGGCAGCAGAGCGGCUAAAGAACAGUGAACCUUGGAGGAUCACGGACAACGAGCUUGAGCUGUAUCGUGCUAAGACUAAUCGUCAGAUCCGACUCAACGAGCUACUGAAAGAGCACUCGAGCACAGCUGCCCUCAUCGUCAUAAGCCUUCCGUUGGCCAGGAAGGGCACAGUGUCCAGUGCUCUCUACAUGGCCUGGCUGGAGGCCUUGUCCAAGGAGCUGCCGCCCAUCCUGCUGGUGCGCGGAAACCACCAGAGCGUCCUCACCUUCUACUCUUAGACACACAGAGAAGAACAUCAAGUUUAGGCCUCACCUCCCUCUCUGCUUCUGGGAGCAGACAUGUAUACAUCCCAGUUCCAUCCACACCUAAAGGUGCACCACAUACACUUCAGAGACGGUAAAUCAAACACAGCCACUGGUGAAAGCAAUGCUGGUAAUACGAAUUAAAUGAAGGAAGAGAAAAUUGGUUGACAUGUGUAAAUGCUCCACAAGUGACAGAGGAAUGUAUGGGUUGUGGUGGGUGGAGGCUGAAAGGUUGCCCAUUCUGCUCCUUUCUUGAUAUUUAUUCCAAGAUGUCAGGAUUCUUCUCUUGUAGCUCUAGUUUCUUCUAAUUUCCUCAUGAAAAUGUAAUUUUUGUUAAAGCUGAUUUCUCUCAGGCCCCAAACCAGUCGUGUACAAUCAUCAUAUUGUUCUCACAAUAUUGAAUACCUUGAUGUCAUACUUGUUAAUUUAAUUGAAGUUGUGAUACAGCAAUAAUCACCCUGUUGUUUUCCUUAAAUGUUGGGAGAGAACCAUGCAGAAUGCUUUGCAACACCUUCUAAAGCCUUAUGGAUGUGCCUUCCAGCUGAAUGAGAUAAACUAAUUCUAAUCUCUAUCCAGAUUGACAAUACUUUGGUGAAUAAUGGUUAGUUUUAUUGAGUUUUUAAUGUGAUUCCUUCUUAGUUAAGCUCUGUUUUUAUGCAUAUGGAUGCAUGAAUUUAAUGAAAGGUGUCCACUUUAUUGCAUAAAGACUUUGUAUGUUAUUUCUCUCUCCCUCUAUCUUACACUAAUCAAAAUGCUUAUAUUGGGCCAUUGUAUUUAAAUUUUUAGUAAAAGUUUGGGUCUUCCUUUUCAAAGCUGUUCUUCUAUUCUUACGAAAAGUCUCAGCUCCUUGACUCAAGACACAAUUUAUCUUAUAGGCAUAGUACCUAAACCAUGUGUAUAUGGUUCUUAAAUGUAACUUUUUUUCUCGUUAAUAGAUGUGAAUCUAGUUUGGCAUUAUCCAUGUCAGGUGGAAAGGCCAUCUCUCCCUUGUAGCUACUGAUUGACUAAAUGAAGCUUUUCUUUAAACAUGUUUUUGUAUUUCUGUGUCUACAUGUAUGGUUCUUUCAAUGUAAAGAAAUCACUCUUCCCAACAAGUUAGUUAAAACCUUGCCUUAAUGCUAGAACUAGUCUAGCUCGUAAUGCUAGUCAUGAGUUUCUUUUCCCAUAUAAGCCAUACUGGCUGGAUGGUCUUUGGGUAAAUUCAGAUAGCUGUCCAUCAGUAACAAGUUUUCAUAGCUUACUUAAGGCCUGUGAGCGGCUGGUUAAAGUGGUCAGUCAACAGAUAGUAACAAGUUCUGUUUAGUCAACUUCAGUGGCACAAUAGACUUGAGUUUUGCACUCAUGUACGUCUGUGUGGCUGUUUGAUGAACUGCUGGUCCCCUUUUCCCACAAAGCCCAGGUGGACAGAGAAAAAGAAUGACGGGCAAGCUUCAUGAUGGGAAGACUUGCUGACAGGAAGAAUGUGACAUUGGAAUGUCUCAAGACUGAGUAAAGAUAUACCUCUAUGCAUAUGAGCUUGUGUCGCAUAAGCACACAUAAUAGAAGUCCAUCGCUUCAUCACAUGAAAAUAUCUUCUCGCUUCAGUUCAUUGAGGUGGAACUUAAGGCACAUUUCUUUCCUAUAGGAACACUGGCCUGUAAACACUUAAAGGGUACAAUGAAUCCAAUCAAAGCCAUUCGAGACUGUUUCACAGUUUAGAGAAACAGUCUCGAAUGUAUUCCCUGCACUACCAUGGUCAUAAACAAUAUUCACUUGGCAAGAGGCUGCAGAUAAUUUUAUAUAACAACCACACAGCUCUUGCAUAGUCCUCUUAAAUUCAAACAGGUUUCUGUUGUUACUAAGCUGCUACUGCUACUUUUUGGACUGGUUAAAUUAACUCAAUUUAAAAGUGUGUUCAGACUGAACGAAAUGUGAAUUUCAGAAGUGCUGCCAUUAUUUAUGAAGUAAGCACGGAUAUUAAAAUUUCCCCUGUGCAGCACACAUUGAGGCAGAUACACAUCUGGAUGAGGAAAUAUAUUUGAGGGGAAGAAAAAUAUGAGGUGAAAUCCUGUUUUCCUAUUAAUGAAAAUAGAAAAAUAAAAACAAAGGAAAUUACAGUGCAGCCAGUUGACUGUUGAAGCACAAUAACAUAACAAAGAUGCAAUUUCUAAUUUGAACAUAUCUAAAAUUUGGCUGCCCACUUAAAUGUUCUAUUCAGUCUAGGGACCUGUCCUGAAAAAAGAAAAGAAGACCAUUUGAAUAGCUGUCGGUCUUUGCUGCCACGGUGUGUGUAGGAUCAUUUUCAUCAAAAACUACAGCGCUUUGUGGAUAAUCCCAUACUUCCAACUGUUAACAUCAAUAGUUAACAAGUAGUGACAGGGAACCAUAACUGAAACAAAGUUUAGAAAGAAGGUCUAUUGUGACUACUGGUUAUUCAUUAUUGACCGAUUAUUGUCAUAGAUAUAGAUACUGCUACAAACCCACUGGAUAAAACAGGGUUCUCUAUUUGUAAUGUUCUUGUUUUUCUGUUUCCCACAGAAACAAGCAGUUGUAGCAUUUAGAUUGUUAUUUCAUCUAUUCUAUCCUUUACUGUAUGCAAAUGUUAAAGAGGAACUUGACACAGUGCUUUGGUUGGUUGAUUGUACUGUAUAAUGAACACUACUGUUAAGAAAUAGUAUCCAUCAUUUUCCCUUGUUUUCCUUCCUCUUCAGCACAAUGCAGUGUACUGACAGCUUAGCUCAUAUAUAAAUAUAUAUAUGUGUGUGUGUGUGUGUGUGUGUGUGUAAUCUCCAGUUACAUACACAUUAACCAUAUAAACAACCAGCAAAGUUUUAGAGCACCUCCACAUCCAGUUUACUAAAUUUUACAUCCUAAUCUAAGUUGAGCAGACAAACAUACUUCUGGGUUUUUUUGUUAAGUGGAAAUUACAUUUGUGGGGGGGGUUGUAGCUCCCAUUAACUUCCAAUCCUGCAGUAUAGUUAAUACUAUAGGCCAGUUUUCUAUCAAGUUUACCUGAUAUCACAUUUUUUUCUGUAAAAGUUACUCAUUUACUUUUGUUCAAUUGUAUGCUAUUCACUGGACUUGAGUUGAACUGCUCAAUACAAAAAACUACUUUAACAUUUUUUUAUUUUUUUUUAAACUGGAAAAGUUGAGGUGUUGUAAAACUUUUUACCAGGUAGUGUACACACUCUUGCUCAAGAAUGUUAAAUAUACCCUAAGUAGUUUCCAAAUAUGCUAUCAACCUUUAUAUAACUUUGAAGGCACAGUCAAAGAUCAUCUUUGGUUAAGUUGUAGCAUGCAAAAGUGUCCCCCAAAGCCAUAAAUUCUUUCUAAGUUCUGUUUAGGUUGUACCUGUAGAAAAUCUGAACAUGGUACGCAUAAAUAAUAUUUUGAAAGAAGAGACCAUGUCUUAAAUGGACCAAAGGAUAUAAAUUGUUAUCAAGUGACAGUUUAUUGCAUAAUUAUUUGAUGAUACAAAGAGGUAAAAGUUCAUUGGUUUCUUGUAUCUGAACCACUAAACCAAUGCAUGAUAUAAUUUCGUAUAUCUCAUACAGUUUUUUGUCAAAUUUGUUCCUAAAAUGCAUUUGAAGCUGAAAGGGUUCAAAAUACCUUUGAGCUAGUGGAAGAUUCUGACAUUUGGGGGCACUAUUGUAAACUAUGAAAAAAGUAUUGUAUAUUUAGAGUCCAUAGAUUAUUCUGCUGUGACUCACUUACACUCCAUCGCUGUCGGAGAGCAUUAUUACAAACAAGAACACGGGUUUCUAUAUAUUUGAAUAUUACAGUGAAAAAAAUGCAGCAUAUAUAUAUACACAUAUAUAUAUAUAAUACCCCUAUCUAUACACAUAUAUAAAUGUAUCUGUCCAACCUGGAGAAGAUCUUUGUCUUGUGUCAUUAAAUGAAACAAAAGACCUCCUGUCAACAUUUUACAACCAAAUAA